AUGCCCGUACUCAACCCCAACGCUGAAUUCGGGCAUUGCGUGCCACCAGAGACUCAGUAUGGGAUAACCACCUACGCCCCAGGAUGGGAAAAUGCAAUCAAGUUUCGAGAAGGAGACCGAGCCACCAUGGCUCGCGUGGUGCACAUAUAUCCGAGAUUUGGACCCUUCGGGCCCGUCUCCAAGGCACUCAUGGCCAUCUGCGCAAAGAUCAAAACCCCCGAAGGCCACGGAGCACUCUUCUUCACCUCACCAGCUUCCUUCGCCACCGUCCGCGCCCACGCUCUUCAUCCUCACCGGAAGCAGCUCGUCUUGACUGACGAGGACCUGGGCUACCGGUGCGUCGAUGUCGGUGACGUGCGCCUCUACCUCGUCACCUACCCGAUGCCCAAGACCCCCGGCGUCAUCGGCGCCUGGCAGAACCCGGGCAUAGGCGUCUCAAUCCGUCUGGCUGAGAAGCUCCUGGAGGAUAUUGAGUCUCUGAAAGAAGUCAUGUUCGACGGCGCGGGAGACUCGCCUCCGCCUACGGAGUAUCUCCCCGAGAGUGAGGCUCACGGUCAGCUGAGGGAGCAUAUUAUCGGACUCCUUCACAGGGCCACGAUCAAACCGGACCAGGUGAAAGUCGAGACCGGAGAUGUCUUCUUGUACCCAACGGGCAUGGCCGCCAUCUUCGCCGCUCAUAGGACCCUGCUCGAGUACCGGCCCGGCAGUGUCGUGAUUCUCGGCAUUGCCUUCCACAGUACCGUUCACUACCUCCAAGACUCCUCGCCGCAGGGCUGCAAGCACUUUGGCCCCGUCGACACAAAGGGCCUCGAGGACUUCGAGUCCUGGCUCGACGCAGAAACGGCAUCCGGGAGAGACGUGAGCUAUGUCAUCGCCGAGUUCCCCAAUAACCCUCUCCUGGCUAGCACUGAUAUCCGCCGUAUCAGAAAGCUUUCCCAAAAGCACAACUUCGUCCUCGUGCUCGACGACACAGUCGGUUCCUUCAGCAACAUCGACAUCCUGCCCCAAUCCGAUGUCCUAGUCUCCUCGCUCACAAAGUCCUUCUCGGGCUACGCAAACGUUAUGGGCGGCAGCAUCGUCCUCAACCCACUCUCACCACACUACUCCGCCCUCUACCCCCUCUGGUCCAAAACGCACCACAACGAGCUCUUCCUCGCUGACGCCGAGGUCCUCCUCUCCAAUUCACAAGACUACCUCCCACGCACCGCGAUCCUGAACCGCAACGCCGCCGCCAUGGCCGCCCACCUCCACGCCGAAGCCUCCAAGAACCCCGGAUCGGGAGUCGUCAAAGUCCUCUACCCCUCCGUCCUCCCCGACUACGAAACCUACAAAUCAUUCCUCCGAAAACCGACCCCGGAGCUCCCCGAACCGGGUGCGGGAUGCCUCCUGAGCGUCGACUUCGACUCCGUAGACGCUGCGCGCGCCUUUUACGAUCGGCUGGCGUUUUACCCGGGCCCUCACCUCGGCGCGCACCGCACGCUGUCUCUGGCGUAUAACACGCUUGCGUUCGGCAAGGACCCUGAAGAGGCGGCGUUUCAUCGGUCGUAUGGCAUCUUGGAGGAGACGGUGCGUAUCUCUGCUGGGUUGGAGGAUGUGCAGGACCUUCUUGACACGCUUGAUGAUGCGUUGGCUGCUGCGAGGGAGGUUAAGGCGAAGUUGGCGGAGGGACCUACGACUGUGGAGGCUGCUGCUGGUCUUGGUGUUUCUGCCUAG